ACACCUCUGAGUGUGCAGGUAAUGGGGGAGUAAUUCUAAAGUCUGUAUUUUGUUAUUAUUGUUGUUGAACUGUUUCAACCAUGGAUGGGAAUAAGGAUGAAGCAGAAAGGUGUAUCGAGUAUGCAGUUAAGUUUCUUGCGGAGGGCAGACUUGAUAAAGCCGAAAAGUUUCUUCAGAAAGCUGAGAGGUUAUACCCAACUCAAAAAGCCAAAGAUUUAUUACAGCAGAUCAAUGCGACACCACCAAAUUCCCAUGAACAAGAAGAAGCUCCCAGAAAACGCAAGAAUACAGGUUCCAAGAAAGAGGAAUCUAAACCAAGUCAACAAGAAGGAGGAGAUUACAACAAAGAGCAAAUGGAAGCUGUUAAAAGGGUUAAAAAAUGUAAAGAUUAUUACGAAAUUUUGGGUGUGUCGAAGGAUGCUACUGAUAGUGAAAUUAAAAAGGCAUAUAAGAAGCUAGCCUUGUUGCUUCAUCCAGAUAAAAAUAAAUGUCCUGGUGCCAAUGAAGCUUUUAAAGCUGUGGGAAAUGCUGUAGCAAUUCUAACAGACCCAGAGAAACGAAAACAGUAUGAUUUAUAUGGGUCAGAAGAAGAGAGGUUGCAACAGUCCAACAGGCAUAGUCAUCGUGAAUACAAUUACACAAGAGGAUUUGAAGCUGAUAUCACUGCAGAUGAACUUUUCAACAUGUUUUUUGGCACUGGAUUCCCUAGUCAGAAUGUGUACAUGAGGAGAGGUGGGAGAUGGCAACGUGCCACAGAAGCCCAGACUCAAAACAGAGAGCAAGCAAAUGGCUAUACUGUAUUCCUGCAGAUGCUCCCAAUACUUCUUCUCAUUGUUCUUUCUAUGAUGAGUAGUUUUUUCAUAUCGGACCCUAUUUACAGUCUACAUGCAAAUUCAAAGUUUCCUGUCCAGAGGACAACAUUGAAUUUAAAGGUGCCCUAUUUUGUGAAGGAAAAUUUCCACACAGAAUAUCAGGGCAGCCUCCGAAGGCUAGAAAUGUCAGUUGAAGAGGAAUAUAUUAACAACCUGCGGCAUGCAUGUCACAGGGAAAAGAAUUACAGGGAUACGAUGAUCUGGAAGGCACGGAAUUUUGGGGACAGGGACUUAUUUCAUAGAGCUCAAAAUAUUCCUACGCCUCAUUGUAACAAACUUCAGGAACUUCAUCCAUAUCACUGAUGGCGUUCUCCUUCAAUUCCUCCGACUGUUUGCAGACUGCUGUGACUCAGAGAAGAAAAUCACCAAAACAAGAGAACCUAUUUUAAUUUAUAAAGGUUGUUUUUUGUCGCUUGUAUAUUUGUGAAUAUAUUGUACAGAAGAAAGUGUAUAGUACAUACAAAGAUAGUUUGUUAGCCUGUGAUUUAAUCUAUGUCACUGGUUAAGACUUUAUUUCUUAAAGAAUGUUCCAUCUAUGGAAUGGACUUGCAAUUGCAUCACAAAAAGCACCGUUCAGAUAAAGAAUGACUAGUCACUUUUCAAAUUGAAUAUUGCUGAGUUUACUUACCCUUUGUGAGAACACAAAAAUGAAGAGGCAAUUUUUAUAUAUUUGUAUGUAUUCUACGUAUAUGUAAUGCAUUUUUCGGAAGUGGUUUGUUUUGUGUGUAUUGUGAAAUAUCUUUAAGAGUUUCUGUUUCAAUUUAGUAAAACGAAAUUCCUGUUUAGGUGGUUAAAAUUUUUUAAAGACUCAGAACCAUAAAAGAAAUUGUUGGCAUUCCAGUUUCAUGUCAGCAUUAGUGUAUGCUAAUCAAACAGGCUGCAAAAUAAUAAUCUGUGAUGACAGUAUCAUGCAGAAUAAUCUGCAGUACUGGAAAUACAAUUCUGACACGUGAUAAGCAAGGUUUAAAGUCGUCAUACAUGAAUUAUGCCUAUUUGAGAGAUCUGGUGUAGAACUGUUAUAUGAUGUGAUAUAGUACUCUUCUAAAUGAAGACCAGUGUUCCUUCCAUUUUUGGAUUUCUUAGCUUUCUCUGUUCUGCAAGGAAACUUCUCUAAGUUCAUUGUAAAGAAUUUUAUAAAAUCGUUGUUUUAGUUGAUUUUUAUUGCAAAAACAUUGUAUUGCGCAUUCCAAAAUUGUGACAAAAGACAGCAUACAUGUGCAUGACCUGCACAGAAUUUGUGGUCUAGUGAAGCUUUUAGUAUUUAAGCAGUAUUUUAUUGAGUGUCACAGGGCAUGAUUUACCAUUAAAUUAAAUAUUUAUUGUUGAUGAUGAA